UUUCUGAUGAGUUUGUGUUAUAAAUGACAUCUGCAGAUGUUGUUCACUGUCUCUGCUGCGCCUCUGACAACAAGCAGUGACCUUGAGCUCCCAGCACACGUGCUGCAACACACUGCCUGGACGGCUGCUCUGGAUCACACUCAAGACCUUCACAACACUAUUUAAUUCAGGAUCUGCUUGAAAUGAGAUGAAUUCCUUUCCAAAAUGAACUGUGUGCAGCACCCCCCUCCUUCCCCCUCUGUGGUGAGUGUGUGUCAGAGCCUCCGUACCGCCUCUUCGCAGCACCCUUUAGGCAGCAGACAGAUGUUUUUCAUCAUGACAAAGCUGUAUAUUCAUAUCUGAAAGUUUCACAUGAAGAGCAGUGAAUUGCUUCUCCACUUGAUGUGUCAGGGUCUCUGUAGGCUACCACUGGCCCAAGAGCUGGACUGGCUCACAGUGUGCUCUGAGCCUUGAGGGGGAGGUACCCUGGGAGGUAGCCACCGAGUGGCCAGCACACUACUAGAGGCAGGGCAAGCUGCUGCAGCACAGCUUUUACACUGGCUCCUCAUCCUUCUGCAGAGUUCGACUGGGGUGUAAAUGUGCAUGCUUUUCCCUUGCACUUCUCCAGCAAGUCACAACCCCACAGAACGGCUUUAGCCUGUGUCUCCAUCUUCGGUGUCACACACACUUACAAAAGUUGCACCUAGGGACAGAUCCCUGAAUGUGUGCUUCACGGGCAGGAAGGUGCCGGAAGUACUGAAAUGUAGGGAAUCGAUCUAGAGUCUGGAAAAAGACAAGAACGAUGAAUGCCGGAGUGGGGAUUAAAUACGGGGAAGAAGCCAACGUGGAGCUGAGUGAGCUCCAUUUAGCAGCCCUGGCUUCUUUAAGGGGAGACAUAGUGGAGCUAAACAAGCGCCUUCAGCAGACGGAUCGAGAGAGAGACAUGCUAGAGAAGAAGCUUGCCAAAUCUCAGUGUGAGCAGGCACAUUUAAAGAGGGAACAUGAAGAUGUUCAAGAGAGGACAACAUUACGCUAUGAGGAGCGAAUAACAGAGCUACACAGCAUUAUAGCUGAACUAAAUAAAAAGAUUGAUCGACUUCAAGGGACAACCAUAAGGGAGGAGGAUGAAUAUUCAGAGCUACGGUCAGAACACAGUCACAGCCAAAUUGAAACCAAUGACGACUCACGCAGUAUGGACCAAGACCAAACCUCUGUGUCAGUUCUAGAAAAUCAGUCCACUAUGGUUACUGUAGAUAUGGAAACCUGCAGUGACCUGAACUCUGAGCUCCAGCGGGUGCUAACAGGCCUAGAGAAAGCCAUAUGUGGAAGAAAGAAGAGUAGCUGCAACUUGUCUGUCGUAGAUGUGGACCGACACAUUGAACAGCUCACCACUACCAGCGAACACUGUGACCUGGCCAUCAAGACAGUAGAAGAGAUAGAAGGGGUUCUGGGACGGGAUUUGUACCCUAACCUUACAGAGGAAAGAUCACGUUGGGAAAAAGAGCUGGCAGGCCUCCGAGAAGAGAAUGAGAGCCUCACUGCAAUGCUGUGCAGCAAAGAGGAAGAGCUCAACAGGACCAAAGCUACGAUGAAUGCUAUUCGGGAAGAGAGGGAUAGGCUACGUAGAAGGGUGCGUGAAUUACAGACUAGGUUGCAGAGUGUACAAGCAACCGGCCCCUCUAGCCAUGGCCGCCUCACCUCAGCAAGCCGACCGGUCAACCCCAGCACUGGAGAACUGAGCACGAGCAGCAGCAGCAAUGACAUUCCCAUUGCCAAGAUUGCGGAGAGGGUGAAGCUAUCAAAGACACGGUCAGAAUCAUCUUCAUCAGAGAGACCUGUGCUGGGUUCAGAAAUCAGCAGCAUUGGGGUAUCCAGCAGUGUGGCAGAACAUUUGGCACACUCACUGCAAGACUGCUCCAACAUCCAAGAGAUCUUCCAGACCCUAUACUCUCAUGGCUCUGCCAUCUCAGAGAGCAAGAUCAGAGAAUUUGAGGUGGAGACAGAGAGACUGAACAGCCGAAUUGAGCACUUAAAAUCCCAGAAUGAUUUGUUGACAAUAACGCUGGAGGAGUGUAAGAGCAAUGCUGAGAGAAUGAGCAUGCUGGUGGGAAAAUAUGAAUCCAAUGCAACGGCCCUCAGGCUAGCACUGCAGUACAGCGAGCAAUGUAUAGAGGCAUAUGAACUGCUGCUGGCCCUCGCUGGGAGUGAGCAAUCCCUUAUCCUUGGCCAAUUUCGAGCUGCAGGAGUCGGAUCCGUAGCUGAGCAGUCAGUGGAUGAGAACGUGACACAGAUGCUGAAGCGGGCGCACGACUGCAGGAAGACAGCAGAGAAUGCAGCUAAGGCCUUACUUAUGAAGCUGGAUGGCAGUUGUGGAGGAGCUUUUGCUGUCACUGGUUGUAGUGUGCAGCCCUGGGAAAGUUUGUCGUCAAACAGUCACACAAGUACUACAAGCUCAACAGCCAGCAGCUGUGACACUGAGUUUACUAAGGAAGACGAGCAGAGGCUGAAAGAUUACAUUCAGCAGCUAAAGAACGAUCGAGCAGCCGUCAAACUCACCAUGUUGGAACUGGAGAGCAUCCACAUAGAUCCUUUAAGUUACGAUGUCAAGCCACGAGGUGACAGUCAGAGACUCGACCUGGAGAAUGCUGUGUUAAUGCAAGAGCUUAUGGCCAUGAAGGAGGAAAUGGCUGAGCUAAAAGCACAGUUGUACCUGCUGGAGAAGGAGAAAAAAGCUCUAGAACUGAAGCUUAGCACACGAGAUGCUCAGGAACAGGCGUACCUGGUACACAUCGAGCACCUCAAGUCAGAAGUAGAGGAGCAAAAAGAGCAAAGAAUGAGAUCUCUCAGCUCCACCAGCAGCAGCAGUAAAGACAAGCUUGGAAAGGAUUCCACAGAGGGUUCUGCCUUGUCUUUGUCAGAGUUGAGGACAUACAAUGAAAGUGAAGUUGCGUCAGAGCUCACAAGUGCACUCAGAAGAGAGAAGAAACUGAAGUCCCGGGCUCAGGAGUUAGUCAGCGCCUUAGAGAGACUCACAAAGAGCAGUGAGAUCAGACAUCAGCAGUCGGCAGAGUUUGUCAAUGACUUGAAGAGAGCCAACAGCAACCUGGUGGCAGCCUAUGAGAAGGCCAAGAAGAAGCACCAGAAUAAACUGAAGAAACUGGAGUCACAGAUGAUGGCGAUGGUUGAGCGGCAUGAAACGCAAGUGCGAAUGCUCAAACAGAGAAUAGCUUUACUGGAAGAGGAGAACUCGAGACCUCACACCAACGAGACCUCACUGUGAACCCACACAGUCUAUGUGCCAUUGCAAGUCUAUGUGGAAUACAUAUUGCAAUACAGAGCGACGGUUAAUUGCCUUUAUUUAAAGGUUUUAUCAGGAGGAAAGUGCAGAAGCAUUGCCAUGCAGCACCCGUAUAGCAACUGGCAAUACACAUACUCCUCUGUACGAAACACAAUGACUUCUCUAUGGAAAGAUUUCUCCUCAUAACCAGAAGUCAUUCUAGUGGGACAGAGAAAGGGAGGACUGGCACUCACUCCCUCCUUGUGCUUAUCUGUGAGACACUGGUAUGUGCCAAAUAAUGUCACCCCCCUGGUGCAGAUGGAAUGGCCCUGCUCCCACAUCAGAGACUUGCAUUGCUCUUAAGUGAAGAUGCACCUUCAUUUUGUUUCACUUUAAGAUCAAUUGAACUUUCAUUAUAGCGGUGAGGACAUUGCUGCCCCGGGAUCAUUACCAGCAAUUCAUUGUGUCCUACCCUUGUUCAAGUCUCUCCGGCAGUUGUUGUACUACAACUCUCAGCAUUAGCCACGAGUGGGGUUGCAGUGCUAAAAGUGCAUGGACAUGGUGGACACCCCUGUAUUAAACCUCUAGUGACCCGUAUCCACAGAUUUACAAACAGAAUGCUAAAUUGCACACAUGCACUUUCCAGUAGCAACCAAUCAGCAGUUUGUUUCAGUCGGCCACAAUAUUAGAUUAAUAGAUAUCAAAUACUGGUUGAAACCCCAAAAGAAAUGAAAUCCCUUAUUGGUUGAUAUUGGCAAAUGCACUGGAAUUUAGCCCCACUGUUUUGUUUAAAUGAGCCCCUGUAUCAUUUGUAUCCAACACCCGGUGGAACACUUUGCUGCCUCUUAAGAUCACUGUGAGUAGAAUCACUUGGAUUCCUUUACCUGGAAGCUGCCAUAUUGUAUUCAUAGCGUAUUUCUUAAUGAGUUAACAAUGUUGUCCUGUGUCACACUCAUACCCAGGCUCUCAUGCUGCCAGUCUAUGUGCAAUACUGACAAGUUAUAUGUCAUACAAAGUGCUUCUGCCACUCCUGUGUAUUAUCAUUUUCUUGCCAAGAUUGUACCAAUUCACCCACCAUAAGCCAGCUCCCUGAAAUCCUCCCCUGCCUCUGAAAAUGGUCUUUUCCCUCGUUACUACAACUCCAUACAACAAGGGAACAUGUAACCUAGACCAUUACUUUAGGCCACUCCCCUACAGCCCAAUGGCAUCUCUUACUGUUAGGGUUGCCACCUUUUCUGGAAAAAAAUACCAGCCUUCCUUUGUAUUUAUCUUUUUUCCCUAUUAAUAACAUUGGGAUCAUCCAUCAUUUUUACCGGUCAGGUGGCAACCCUACUUACUGUGAACACAGAACAUCCCUUCUCUGCUUGUUACCCCUAAUUUGCAGUUUACAGGAACAGUUCAGUGUAAAAAUAAAAACUGGGUAAAUAGACAGGCUGUUCAAAA